GUUCAAUCCCACGACAAAUACCUUGGUGGGGAAUUUGCCCACGUAGAACCGAUCCGGCGUGAACCACUGCUGGGGGGGCGUCGGGGGGCGCCCCACGAGCGUCUCAAAGUGGCACUGGUCGCUCGACACCACCCCUAGCUUCUCGCACACGGUCGCAUCGGCCCGCCCCCCCAUCGGCGACAUGGUCAAGGGGGAAGCGAGGGCAGUCCACCAAGUGGGCAGGUUGAGCGCCGACCAGCUGGCAAUCCAUGUGGGCGUGUCCACUUGACGGUACACGAUGAGGCUGUUCAUGGCUGCGGCCAGCGACGACGCCAUGCCGGUGGGGGAGAGCGUCGAGUGCGCGUGCGCGACGUUCAUCGUCAUGCCGGCGUACGUGUCGGCUUGGAGGAGGGGCUGGAUCAGCGCCUCGGCCGCCUCCGACAGGCGCAGCACCGGCAGCUGCGUGGCUGGCGCGAGGCCCGCGACCAGUUGGUGCGCGAGGCGAAUGUGGAUCUGGUGCAUGUCGAGGAAGUCCAGGAGAAACGGCAGCCGAAGCACUGUCCACGAGGACGUGUGCGGACGCAGCGACGUCAAGUGCGUCUCGAGGUCGUGCAGCGGGUUCGACUCGUUCGCGCCAGCCCACACCCAUGACUGAAACACAAUGUGUGGCACGCAAAUGUCGUGCGCCGUCGUGAGCAGGUCCCGUGUCACAGAUAACGAAAUAGUCGACGCUGUCGUGACAAACACCGCGUGCACCCCCGAGAGGAACCGGCGGGGGUUGGCCGGGUCGAAUGGCUUCACCUCGACACGCGAGAGGCGGUUGAGCGCGCGGAUGCUCGCGUCGUCCGGGUCUGCGUGCAUGGGCACCCCCGCUACGAUGACCACGUGCUUGAACGAUUGCAAUUGGAGCGCCCGCACCACCGCGGCGCCCACGAGGCUGGUCGCGUCCGGCACGGCGACGACGCGGUGCCCGAGCAGUUUGCGCAGUGCGAUGCAACCCAUGGACGAGUGAAUGAACGAUCGAAUGCAAGAUCAAAAGUGAUUCUGCCGUUGGAACCGUUUUGGAUAUAACCUGGGACACGACGACACCCCACGAGGACAGCGUUCUCACUUAACGGGAACAUCGUCGACUACUUGAGGUAGUUGAUGCAGUACGUGCGAUGUUCUACAUGAGAUGCGGCCGUCGCCAUCAGCGGCAUGUUGCUACCUAGACUAACGCCCAACCAGCGAUGGCUUUAUGCGCAGGACAAGUCGAGGUUGUGGCGGCAGACGACGAUGUUCAAGCGUCAGGUUGCUUUGUCCACC